AUGUCGACUGCUGGCACUGUUCCGGUCGAGUCCAAGACUGCAAAGAAGCGCAAAGCCAAAGCUGAAGCUGCGGCUGCUAACGGUGAUGCCGUGACUCCGACCGUCGAAACUGCUCCUGCUCCCGAAACCCAUCCUACUACGAAUGGUGUCGAUUCCCAUGCGGAGAGCCCGUUCAUCAAAGAACUGACAAAGAAUAUCCGCAACCUGCACAAGAAGAUUGCUGCUUCCGCCAAAGCUGACGCCGUCAUAAGUGAAAAUCCCAAUGUCUCCCUCGACGAUCUUGUUGCACAGAAGAAGCUCAACGCCGAUCAAAAGAACCAGAUUCUGAAAAAGCCUGGCCUCCAGAAUCAGGUCGCCCAACUCGAAGAACAGCUCUCCCACUUCCGCGCUUUCGCUCAGGAACUUGAAGAAAAGGCCGCCAAAGAGAAGUCAAAGUUGAUCGAAGCACACGAGGCCGAGAUUGCAACUGUAAAGGAGAAGGCGCUGCAAGAGAUCGAAGAUAUCAAAACAAAGGCUGUUGAAGAUGGCCUACGAGUCAUCACACACUUUUUGCACACGGCCGCGUCAAAGCGUCAGUCCGAAGAGGCAGAUACCGAAGAGGGUCGUGCUUUUGAAGGCGCUCUCCUCCUGGUCUAUCAAGGGAACGAGUCUUCACUUUCGACACUGCAGAGUCUCAUCUAUGGUACAGACGAGAAAGUCCCAGACGUCCAUGGUGAACCACUCGACUUCACUUUCGCACAGAUCAAAGAGUCUGCCUUGCAGAGUGCCCCAGAUGCGGUGCAAAGCACGGAACCAGAAGUUGCAGAGGUGGUCGAGGAAAAAGAAGCUACAACCGCUGCAGCAGAAUUAGGAAUUGACAACACGGUGGCCAAUGCUGGUCUGACUGAACUUGCCGAUGCUACUGCUAUCCAGACUGACGAGACCGUCAAUGAAAUUGCUGAGCCUGAGGUUACUCCCUCUAUCCCAGAACAGAUCACAACUGGAGAAGAAGCCGCAAAUGCGGUCGCUGAGGCAUGGGACCCGCAGGCAUCCAUGGUGACCGAUACCAGCGCUGCCAACGAAGAAUGGGUCCAAGUGCCUCGUGUUCCUGCAGAGACUGAGACGGGUCUUGCAGCUACUCCUGCCGCAAUCCAAUCCAACAGCUGGGCCGAAGAAGUGGGCGCUGCUGCCAUCACUGCCGAGGAAAAGCCUGCUCAGGAGAACGAUGGAUUUGAGCAAGUGCGCCGUGAACGGGGCCGGGGCCGGGGCGGACGCGGUGGACGCGGCGAGUUUAGAGGACGCGGUCGCGGAGGGCGAGGAGAUGGUCAUCGUGGCGGCGGUGGUCGAGGAGGACCGAGAGGCGGUCGCGGCGGCGGCGGAGGUGCAUCCCGAGGCGAGAACAAGAGCUAG